UUGAGCCUGGAGACUACACCACUUGGGAGCCGAUCGUGUGCGAUGACGGCUGGGUGGAGGAGCCGAAGGACCAGAAUCGACCGGCUGGUUCGCCUGCCAAGUCGCCUACAAAGAAGAGGAAGGCUGCGAUGGAGGAUGAUACGGAGGAGGACAUCAUGCCGCUCUUGAACAGCGAUGAAGAGCCGACCAAGCCCAAGAAGCCCAAGAGGGCCAAGAAGGCCACAGCCCCCAAGAAGAAGAUCAAGAAGCAGCUGGCUGCGGAGGCGAAGCAGGCAGAAGUUGCGGACCCUGCAUUGGCUGACGAGGAUGAAUUGGCCUCGUCGACACCCAAAUCCAUUGCCAAAGAUGAGCCCAAGGAUGAGCCCAUUGAAGUCAAACUUGCAUCGGAUGAGGAAGAAAAGCCAGCGGUCGUGACGCAUACGAAGACCAAGAAGACCAAAAAGGCGCCUGCCAAGCCUCGCAAACAGGCCACCAAGAAGAGAUCCUUGGACUCUGCUGCUGCAUCUGGUAAACAGGCUGCAGUUGGAACGCGACGUGCUCCUAAGCGUGGCGCCCAGAAGCAGGCAGUACAAGAGACUGCCUCUGAUGAUGGUGAACAUUGAGUCUGAAUUGCGUAUGAC